AUGCUUCAAGGACAACAAUCAGAAGAUAAAAAUCAUCAACCCUGGGAAAGGAAUAAUUUGGGCCCUCUCCAGAAGGAAAUGGGAGACCUGGUUACCCGAGAUAUUGAGAAGGCUGAGGUACCCAACAACUUUUUUGCCUCCAUCUUCACCAGCAAGUGCUCACACCGUGUCGCCCAAGUCAGGGAAGGCAAAGGCAGGGACUGGGAGAGUGAAGAACUGCCCUUAGUAGGAGAUCAGGUUCGAGACCAUAUAAAGAACCUGAAGGUGCACAAGUCUGUGGGACCUGAUGAGACGCACCCACAGGUCCUGAAGGAACUGGAAAAUAAAGUUGCUAAGCCACUAUUCAUCACACCUGAGAGGUCAUGGCAGUCUGGUGACAUUCCCAGUGAGUGGAAAAAGGGAAACAUAACACCAAUUUUCAAAAAGGGAAAUAACCCCAGGGUGGUCAGUCUCACCUCUGUGCCUGGCAAGAUCAUGGAGCAGAUCCUUCUGGAAACUAUGCUCAGGCACACGGAAAACAAGGACGUGAUUGGUGACAGUCAGUGUGGCUUCACUAAGGGCAAAUCGUGCCUUACUCAUCUGGUGGCCUUCUACGACGGGGACACAGCAUUGGUGGAUAAGGGAAGAGCAACCGAUGUAAUCUACUUGGACUUUUGGAAAGCCUUUGACACUGUCCUGCAUGAUAUUCUUGUCUCUAAAUUGAAGGGAUAUGGAUUUGACAGAAGGACCACUCGCUGGAUAACGAACUGGCUGGAUGGUCACACUCAAGAGCCAGUCAGCAGCUCGACAUCCAGGUGGAGACCAGUGAUGAGUGGCACGGUAUUGGGACCAGUGUUGUUUAACAUCUUUGUCAGUGACAGUGAGAUCGAGUGCACCCCCAGCAAGUUUGCCGAUGACAACAAGGUGUGUGGUGCAGUCAACAUGCUGAGGGGAAGGGAUGCCAUCCAGAGGGACCUGGGCAGGUGGCUUGAGAGGUGGGUUAAUGCAAACCUCAUAAAGUUUAACAAGGCCAAGUGCAAGGUCCUGCACGUGGGUCGAGGCAAUCCCAAGCACAAAUACAGGCUGGGCAGAGAAUGGAUAGAGAGCAGCCCUGAGGAGAAGGACUUGGGGAUGCUGGUGGAUGAGAAGCUCAAAAUGAGCUGUCAGUGCACGCUUGCUGUCCAGAAAGCCAACCAUGUCCUGGGCUGCAUCAAGAGAAGCGUGACCAGCAGGUCGAAGGAGGUGAUUCUCCCUCUCUACUCUGCUCUCCAGAAACCUCAAGCGAGGUCAGCCCUUCUGCAAGCAGCAGAAAACGACUUCAGCGUUAAGCUCUUUGUGGCAGAAUAUAACAAGAUGGACAGAAGGGCUGAAGGUGAAAACGGAGGCAUACAG